CAUCAAUUUGUUCAAUAUAUAGACUAGGAUUUCCUCGAAGUCGUCAAAAGAGAUGAUACUUGAAACCCUCGAGAGACCCAACAAUGUCUGUGUGCUCUACUCUCUCUCUCUAUCUCUCCUUGUAAGUAUGAGUUCAUCACUCUGCUCUUUCAUCGAACUAUAUCAUUGCCAAACCAUGUUACUCUGACCUGUGUUCUUGAUCCUCUAAAACACAAACCCUGAAUCAUGAACACCAUACCCAUCUCUUUGUGUUUGUAAAUGCUACCACUCGACUCAUUCGAAGCUUGAAUUCGAUUUUCAAUUUCAUUAUACACACACACACACACACACACGCAAAGGGUUUUAUAGAUUGGGCGUUAUGGCGAGUCAAAAACCCCAAAGGUCUCCUGCGGAAAUCGAGGAUAUUAUUCUCAGGAAGAUCUUUCUUGUAACCCUAAUUGAUUCGAUGGAGAACGAUGCUAGGAUAGUCUAUUUGGAGAUGACUGCGGCUGAAAUUCUCAGUGAGGGGAAAGAAUUGAGACUGUCUAGGGAUUUGAUGGAGAGGGUUUUGAUCGAUCGGCUUUCGGGGAAUUUUUCAUCGGCCGAACCUCCGUUUCGGUAUCUUAUUGGGUGUUACCGUCGAGCGUAUGAUGAGGGGAAGAAGAUUGCUAAUAUGAAAGAUAAGGUUGUGAGGUCUGAGAUGGAAUCGGUUGUUAAACAAGCUAAGAAAUUGUCGGUCUCGUAUUGCAGGAUUCAUUUGGCUAUUCCUGAUAUGUUUCCGAAUUGGGAAACGAGUAAGUCGAAUGUGUCCCCGUUGUUGCCGUUGAUUUUCUCGGAAGUUCCGAGCUCAGUUGAUGGGUUUGGAGGUAGUAGCAGUAGCAGUGCUGUUGCUUGUCCUCCUGGGUUUCUGCAAGAGUUUUUUAGGGAUUCGGAUUUCGAUAGUUUGGACCCUAUUUUUAAGCAAUUAUAUGAAGACUUGCGGGGAAGUGUACUUCCAGUGACUGCUCUAGGAAAUUUUCAGCAGCCUUUGAGGGCUUUGUUGUUUUUGAUUAGUUUUCCAAUUGCUGCAAAGUCUCUGGUGAACCACCUUUGGUGGAUUCCCAAGAGUUCGUAUAUGAAUGGUCGUGCAAUCGAGAUGACAAGCAUUUUGGGCCCUUUUUUCCGUGUUAGUGCUCUUCCAGAUCAUAGCAUGUUCAAAAGCCAGCCUGAUGUUGGACAGCAGUGCUUCUCAGAAGCAUCAACACGUCGUCCGGCAGAUUUAUCUUCUUCAUUCACAACAAUUAAAACUGUCAUGAAUAAUCUGUAUAAUGGUCUGGUAGAAGUUCUUCGAUGUCUCCUCAAAAAUGCUGAAACUCGUGAAAAUGUCCUUGAGUAUCUUGGAGAGGUGAUAAAUCAAAACUCAUCAAGGGCCCAUAUACAGGUUGACCCAAUGACUUGUGCAAGUUCAGGAAUGUUUGUCAAUCUCAGUGUUGUUAUGCUUCAUCUAUGUGAGCCAUUUCUAGAUGCAAAUUUAACAAAGAGGGACAAAAUUGAUCCGAAAUAUGUAUUUUACAGUACUCGGUUGGAUUUAAGAGGAUUGACUGCUCUACAUGCGUCAUCGGAAGAAGUAACUGAAUGGUUAGAUAAAGAAAAUCCUCAGAAAACUGUUGUCUCUAAACAACAAAAUGAUGGAGAAAAUCGGUUGCUACAGUCUCAAGAAGCUACCAGUUCUGGUACUAAUGUCGGCGUACCUUCACUUCUCCACAAUAAGCCAAUGUCCAGUUGUGUUGGAAAAGCUAAAUACACAUUUAUUUGUGAAUGUUUCUUUAUGACUGCAAGGGUGCUAAACUUGGGCCUCUUGAAAGCAUUUUCUGACUUUAAGCAUCUUGUUCAGGAUAUCUCAAGAUGCGAAGAUACUCUCUCCACUUUCAAAGCCAUGCAGGGGCAAGCACCGUCAGCGCAGCUGGAUCUGGAUAUAGAUCGCCUAGAGAAAGAAAUUGAGUUAUAUUCGGAGGAAAAGCUAUGUUAUGAAGCUCAGAUACUUAGGGAUGGGGAAAUUCUUCACCGUGCGCUGUCUUUUUACCGGUUAAUGGUGGUUUGGUUGGUCGAUCUGGUUGGUGGUUUUAAAAUGCCUCUGCCUUCUACAUGCCCAAUGGAAUUUGCAUGCAUGCCAGAACACUUUGUGGAAGAUGCCAUGGAAUUGCUUAUUUUUGCUUCUCGGAUUCCUAAAGCUUUAGACGGUGUCUCACUGGAUGAUUUUAUGAACUUUAUUAUCAUGUUCAUGGCAAGUCCAGAUUUCAUCAGAAAUCCGUAUCUAAGAGCAAAAAUGGUUGAAGUGCUUAAUUGUUGGAUGCCCCGUAGAAGCAGCUCAUCCGUCACAGCUACUCUAUUUGAAGGACACCAACUGUCUCUAGAGUAUCUCGUAAGGAAUCUUCUAAAGCUUUAUGUCGACAUCGAGUUCACAGGUUCACACACACAGUUCUAUGACAAGUUCAACAUCCGCCAUAAUAUUGCAGAACUUCUCGAAUACCUAUGGCAGGUUCCUAGUCACCGCAAUGCAUGGAGACAGAUUGCCAAGGAAGAAGAGAAGGGCGUGUAUUUGAACUUCUUAAACUUCCUGAUCAAUGAUAGCAUUUUUCUUCUUGAUGAAAGUCUUAACAAAAUUCUUGAACUCAAAGAGCUGGAAGCUGAGAUGUCUAACACCGCGGAAUGGGAGCGAAGACCAGCCCAAGAGAGGCAGGAGAGGACCCGAUUGUUCCACUCCCAAGAAAAUAUCAUUCGCAUUGAUAUGAAGUUGGCAAAUGAAGAUGUGAGCAUGCUAUCAUUUACUUCUGAGCAGAUUACAGCUCCCUUCCUACUGCCAGAGAUGGUUGAGAGAGUAGCCAGCAUGCUUAAUUACUUUUUGUUGCAACUUGUGGGGCCCCAAAGGAAAUCUCUUUAUUUAAAGGAUCCUGACAAGUAUGAGUUCCAUCCAAAGCAGUUGCUUAAGCAGAUUGCCAACAUUUAUGUUCAUCUGGCAAGGGGUGAUAAAGAGAAUAUUUUUCCGGCUGCCAUCACCAGGGAUGGUCGAUCAUACAAUGAUCAGUUGUUUAGUGCUGCAGCAGAUGUCCUCUGGAGAAUUCAUGAAGAUGGAAGAAUUGUGCAGGAAUUUGUUGAGCUAGGUGCAAAAGCCAAAGUUGCAGCUUCUGAGGCCAUGGACACUGAAGCCACUCUUGGAGAGAUACCUGAUGAGUUCCUUGACCCAAUUCAAUACACUUUAAUGAAGGAUCCAGUGAUUUUACCAUCUUCUAGAAUCACAGUCGAUCGGCCUGUUAUUCAGAGACAUCUUCUUAGCGACACGACGGACCCUUUCAAUCGUUCUCAUCUAACUUCAGAUAUGCUGAUUCCCGACACUGAGCUGAAGGCGAAAAUUGAUGAGUUCAUUAGGUCACAAGAAUUAAAGAGGCACACUUAAGUCCUGAGCCAAGGCUGCAAUGCAAACCACAUAUGUUGCCAUGAAUUUAGUUUAUUUUUAAAAAAUGGUGGUUAAAUUCCUAUUUUGUAAAUGCGCAAAUUAAGAUAUCUUACUUCUAUUUUCUUUUUCUUUUUUUAAUUUAUAAUUUUUGAUCAGGGGAGAAAAAGUGAAAACACAAUGAGCAAAAAGAAAUUCAGGGUUAGUAUUUUGUCACUGAAAUUCCCCUGUAAAAAGUGGAUUGUAAGUGCUGUACUCCAGUUCAAAUUGUUUUUACAUUAAUUUUAUUUAAUCAGGUUUGGAAGACA